CAACAAACAAACAUAAGCUGUCUCUGCAGGAAGAGCAGCUUUGAUAAAACACCACACAGACUCGGCGUGAAGAUGAGCUCCUUUGCUGGUCGAAUGAAGGAAUAUCCCACCGUCUCUCUGGACCGGUUCGACCGGGAGAACUUGCAUUCCCGGGCUUAUUUCCUCUCCCACUGUCACAAAGACCACAUGAAAGGACUGAAAGGACCAAUACUGAAGAGAAAACUGAAGUUCAGUCGUACAGUCAGGCUUUACUGCUCCUUCGUGACCAAAGAGCUUCUGCUGAGUAAUCCCAGGUACUCUUUCUGGGAGGAAUACAUUGUUCCCUUGGAGCUGGAGAGCCCGACUCAGAUUUCUCUGGUUGACGAGGCAUCUGGAGAGAAAGAAGAUAUUUUGGUCACGUUGCUUACUGCAGGCCACUGUCCCGGCUCUGUUAUGUUCCUGUUUGAGGGUUCCCAUGGUAACGUGUUGUAUACAGGAGACUUCAGGUUGGCAGCUGGAGACGUCUCGAGAAUAGAACAACUGCACUCUGGCAGCAGAGUGAAGGAUAUUCAGAGUGUUUAUCUGGACUCCACUUUCUAUGACCCACGAUUCUACCAGAUUCCCACUCGGGAGACGUGUCUGAACGGUAUCUUAGAGCUAGUUGGAAACUGGAUCAGUCAGAGUUCAUAUCAUGUUGUGUGGCUCAACUGUAAAGCUGCGUAUGGAUAUGAAUACCUGUUUACCAACCUGGGAGAAGAGUUCAACACACAGAUCCAUGUCAGAAGUCUGGCGAUGUUCAAGAAGAUGCCGGAGAUCCUGAGCUACGUGACGACAGACCGCAGGACGCAGAUCCAUGCCUGUCGACACCCAAGGGACGAGGAGUUUCUCCAGGGAAACCGGCUGCCAUGUGGCUGCACAGCCUCUGACGGGACUCCUCUACGCAUCAUCAGCAUCAAACCGUCCACCAUGUGGUUCGGAGAGAGAAUGAGGAAAACCAACGUUGUAAUAAAAACAGGCGCCAGUUCCUUCAGAGCUUGCUUCAGUUUCCACUCCUCCUACUCAGAGCUUAAAAACUUCCUGUCGUACCUCCAGCCAGUCAACAUCUACCCCAGUGUUAUCCCUAUUGGUCGGACGCUGACUGAGGUGACACAGAUGUUGAAGCUGAUGUGCAGGAAACAGUCUGAUCAGACAGCGUCCGUAUACAAACCUCUGGGAGUCCUCAAACGCUGCAUGGUGGAGCAACCUACAUGCGACUCAGACAGCGAUGACGAGCUGUUUGACGGUCGGGACCUGGCACCGGUGAGGAAGAAGACAGCGCUGGACCAAGACAUAAACAACGUGAAAGCUCAGAGUCCUCAGAGCACAGCCCCCCCUGUGUCCGUGGAGGAGUCUUUUCCUCUGACGGUCACAGACUCGCAACCGGGUAUUCGCAACUUUGUGGACUGCACCGAGUCGAAUGAUGAAGAGGAAGAUGAUCAGCAGCAGCAGGAGGAGGAGGAGGAAGAAGGAAAGGAGGAUACAAAAGUGAUGAAGGAGGAGGUGAAAGAAACGAUAAAGGAAACAGAGAAAAAGAAGAUUGAGGUUGAAGGGAGUCGCUCCACUGAUCCUCCCAAAUGGGAUGACUUCUUCACCACGGAGACGCUGAGUGACAGCCAGAACAGCCUCAACAGCCAAUUACAAUCCUGCUGCUCCAUCCCUAGCCCCGCCCUCUCCAAAAUGACUGGUUCACAGACCCCCGAUCUGUUCAGUGACGAAGAGGAACACCUGGAUAACGAAGAUAACUUAAGUCUGACCCUGUCCGCCUCUCUGUCGAAUCAUUCCUCGCAGCACCUGGAUUCUUAUUUACCCGACACGCUGAUCCUCCAAUCAGAGCAGGGGGGGUGGGAACAAGGAGACUCAGGGACCAAUAAUGUGUCUCAGGUGAAUGAGAGCAACAGCCAAUCAGAGCCGGAGGUGCUCUCAGGGUCGCAGGUGUCGUCAGACUUUGAUAUCCCCUGCACGCCAGAGUCAAAAAUGCCACAACCAGAAGAACUGUCGCAGUUGUACAGGAAGCUGGCGUCAGGAGAGGAAGUGGUCGUCAGAAAAGGAAGUCAGGGCUUUAUGUGAGGGAAUUUUAAAGCACGUUUUUUUGGUGAGCUACAUUUGUUCUAUUUGUCAUGCUGCAAGAUUGCUGGUUUGUAUGUGAGAAAACACAUAACGAGCUUCUUUAAUACCUCUAACGCUUCACGAGUGACACCAUUCCUCUCCUUCAGUUAAACCUACAAACCUCAGUAUGUAAAGCCACAACACACACACACACACACACACACACACACACACACACACACACACACACACACACACACACACACUCACCAUUUAUUCCAAUGCACUUUAAAUCCACAUGUGCCCUACAUGCAUUAAUGCACCUGUUCAAAAUGAGAGUAAGCAUAAUAUUGAAGCUUUAUGUUCAAUGUAGAUAAUUCAUGUGACCGCAGUAGUUUAAUUCUUUUAACCACUGAAAGUUCAUUUCAAUGGUUAGUUUGACUCUAUUUGAAUUAAAACAAAUGUAAAAACAUUUUACAUUUAAAAAAUAAACUUGUGUAAU